UUUCUCAUGUCACGUGCUACGAUAAAUAUCAACAACAUUCCUUCUCGCCAUUCUCCUUUACUCUUCUCUGAACAAUUGUGCUUCUCUCAUAUUUCACCCAACUCACUCCAGCUGACGAUGAUAACCUUGUAAACCCAAUUAUGCCUCCCUUACCAACUAGUGAGGAUAUUACGGGCGAGAAUAGUGCUGCUUUUGAUAUUAUUCAACAUGGACACAAGGAUUUAGUUCAAGCAAUCGCUUUCAAUGCGUACGGCGAUAGAUGUGCAACAGGCAGUGUCGAUGGCAAGAUUCGUGUUUUCAAUCGACACCAAGAUGGCAUUUGGCGGUUAUGCGAUAACUGGAAAGCCCAUGCUGGCGAAAUAUUAGAGCUUCAAUGGUUCCCACCCACCAUUUACCCCAACCUACUGUCUUCGCUAGGCAUAGAAGGCCGCUUUAGAUUGUGGGCUGAAGACCCUUCUGCCGCUCCGGGGAGACGAUUUAGUGCGAGAGAUGGGAAUGGCAAGACAGUUUCUGAGCUAAGGUCCGCACGGUAUCCUUAUAGGUCUUUUUCUGUCAAGCAUGACGAGGUAACCCGAUGCACGUACGUCGCUCUCCUCGCUUCAGACGGUCAUCUCACUGUGUACGAGGGCGAGGAGCCAGAGACUUUGACAGACUACGCCAAGUUGGAUGACUUCCAGGCCUGUACUAAGCCCAGUCGUGGAGAGGAAACCUGCUUCAAAGUCCGCUUCGAUCCAAAUCCUGAACCAUGUUAUACUGCUCUGAGGGCCGGCGUGCCAACAGAUGCACUUAGUCUAUUAGUGUCCGGAUUGACAUCGGUAAAGAUUUUUAGGACCCGUGACACUGUCACUAGCUCUUUUGGUGCUGCUACUAGAGGUAGGGAAUUCUACUUGGCUAUCGAGAUAAAGGAACACAGUAACUUGAUUCGAGAUGUUGCUUGGGCUCCUGGAAACUAUAGAGGCUACGACAUGAUCGCGACAGCUUGCCAAGAUGGCUUUGUGAGGGUCUUCCGAAUUGAUACCCCUUUCUCUAAAGAUGACGGCAAGACUUGGUCUCUGUCUGAUAUUGUAAAUCAUCGAUCUGAUGACAACCCUAUCUCCCGAACUAGCAACCCUCGCCGACAAUCACAAGUUCCUUCUGGCAUAAGAGCCGAGAUCGACAAGUCUGGGAUGCAUGGGGAAAGAACCUCAGCAGACCUACCAGGACAGAUACACCACACCGUUAAAGUACUCUCUAAGCUUAGCACACAUCGAUCACCUGUUUGGAGAGUUGACUUUGACGACGAUGGCCAGAUAUUGGGGAGCGUCGGAGACGAGGGCAAGUUGAUGUGCUACCGACAAUUACCUGACGGGUCCUGGGCGAAGAGCUCAGAGUUAGGCAUGAUGAAAGCCAGGAUGGCAGCACCCCCCACCAACUCCACUUGAAUUAUUCCCACUGGCGCAGCCACUUGCUCGUUUUUAAUACUAUGAUACCCGAUAAUGGCGAGCACAGUGAAAAUGGAUAUUUGGCAUCAGCGUGGACGGUACUGUUCAUUCGCCUUCGACCUCCUGGGUACUAAACCAAUGUAUAAUAGUACUAGGUACCGCAUAGCAUUUGUACCUGCUGCUUGUACUGCAGUCUCAAAUUACCAUAGACAUCGCUAGAAUUCUUUUUUUUAAUUGACAAAAUGGAU